AUGACCACCAACGACGUGUUUUCACCCGACGGUGCAUAUCGUCGAACAUACUUCUUCGUCGGGGGCGAGUAUAUGGCCGACGACGACGAGUCAAAAUUCGGCGGAAGUAUCAUGAAGGGUCAAACGUACGUCGAACGCCUCGUGCCCGUCGAGGGAGUGCGCCGUCGGUUUCCCCUCAUCCUGGUCCACGGAGGCGGGCAGAGCGGACUGAACUGGCUCCACACGCCCGACGACCGACCGGGCUGGGCCUCGUAUUUCCUGUCCCGGGGGUUCGCCGUGUACAUCGUCGACACGCCGUCGCGGGGCCGCUCAGCGCCGGACCUUGCCCAGCACCACACGACGUAUUCGACGGGGUUUGUCGAGCAGUGGUUCACGGCGACGGCGUCGAUGGCGUCAAGCACGUGGCCGCAGGCAAAGUUGCAUACGCAGUGGCCUGGUACCGGUCGUCGAGGUGACCCGAUCUUCGAUGCCUUCUAUGCGAGCACAUACCCCAGCAUCACCGAUCUAUGUGCGUACCAGGAAGCGCAAAAGGGUGCGAUCGUCGCCCUCCUCAAGCGCAUCGGCAGGCCCAGCAUCUUGCUCACGCACUCGCAGGGCGCGCCGGGAGGCUGGCUCGCCAUCGUCGCCGUGGAGCCUAACGGGCCGCCUUUCACGGGCACACACCCGCACAAUGGCGCGCCGGCGCGGGGCUGGGCUUUGACGGAUGUGCCCAUCACGUAUGACCCUCCGGUCAGCGGUGUUGAGGAGUUGAGGUUGGUCACGGUUGCGUCGUCGGAGGUUGGCCGGGACGAUGUGGUGCUGCAGAGUGAAGAAGGAGGCGGUGUCCGCAAGCUGCGCAAUCUCCAGCACGUCCCCGUCCUGGUCGAGGUCGGCGAGGCCAGUUACCACGCACCCUACGACCACGCCACGGUGGCAUAUCUGCGCCAGGCUGGGGUUCAGUGCGACUUCAUUCGCCUGGAGGACCUGGGCAUUAGAGGUAAUGGACACAUGCAGAUGCUCGAGCUCAAUAACUUGGACAUCGCACGGGUUCUGGACGAUUGGAUACGGCACAAGGUGGAAGGAGAUUCGUAG